CUGGUCAGUUAGUCGCAGGCGCUCGUGGAACGCACUUGGUUGGAGAAGGUAGCUCCGAUAGCUGCUUUGUGUACUUGUACCUCUUGUACUUCGGCACGACAAGCGAUUGAUUUGUGGCCCAAAUCUAAUCGCAGUGAAAGUGGAUUACUGAUUAGACGCUGGUGAUAGGAACACCCGAAUUGCCACUCCGCCGCUCCUAAUCAUAGUUCAAUGUUUAGUCUUUCGACAGUUGUGGUUGGGUUCGAGUGUGCGUGAAUUACGACGAAUAACUAAGUAGCUGGCACUAUGGGCAUCAAGGUCAAGGAGACGACCCCUGCGCUAAUCCAGGAACUGCGGGACAGGUUCAACAGCAAAUACGAAUCGUCACCGCCGUCAGAGCCCUUCCAUGCAAUCGAUAUUGAUCGCAUUCGCAACGAUCAUGUCUGGCUGCAGAGAUUCCUGGAAAUGCAUGAUCUCGACAUGGAUGCUUCCUUAUCGAAGCUAUGGGAGACCUGUGUCUGGCGCCAGUCCUAUGGGGCCAACGAUCUCACCGAGAGCCAACUGAACCAGGAGUAUCUUAAAGAGGGUUCGGUGUUCGUGCACAGCAGCGAUGUGGAUGGAAAGCCUCUGUUGGUAUUCCGCGUCAGUUUGCACAACAAGUCCAAAAAUCUGGAUGAACUCAUCCGCAUCGUUGUCUAUUGGGUGGAGAGAACUCAGAGGGAGCAGCAUAUGACCCAGUUGACCAUAUUUUUCGACAUGGCGGGCACGGGUUUGGCUACCAUGGAUCUGGACUUUGUGAAGCGUAUCGUGGAGACUUUCAAGCUGUACUACCCCAACUGCUUGAAUUACAUUUUGGUGUAUGAGCUGGCAUGGAUUCUAAAUGCUGCCUUUAAGGUCAUCAAGGCCCUGCUGCCGCCCAAAGCGGUUGAGAUUUUGAAAAUGAUAUCAAAGAAGGACAUCAACCAGUAUAUAACCAAGGACAAAUGCCUAGCCAGCUGGGGAGGAGGCGAUAACUACGAAUUUAGCUUCGUGCCAGAGGCGAGGCAGGUUACAUCCAAGUCGACGGCCGCCGCCAAUGCCGGCGAGGAUGAACAGUUCGCGGACCGGAAGGUCACCUUUGCCAGCCCCGCUACCAUGGUACUGAAGGAGUCCAACAUCAACGAGAUGCACACUCCAUCCGAGGGCAUGUUGCAAGUGGACCCCAAGGAGUUUCUAAACUUUAACUCAAAGAAUGCGGAGGCCACGCUGAACCUCAGAUCAGUUUCCAAGUCGACGGCAAUCACUUACAAGAUCCAAACCACAUCGCCAGAAAAGUUCCGAGUGCGACCGCGAUGUGGCAUUAUACAACCCAAUCAGGCGGCGGCAAUCAACAUCUGGCUGAAGUCUGAGCAUCAGCUGAGCGGAGAGAGUAAGGACAAGUUCCUGGUGAUGGCCAUGGAGAUGCCCGAUGCGGACUGCGAUUUGGCGGAGCUGUGGCGUAACAAAUCUCCCAAUGCCGGAAACGUGGAGCAGCAUCGCCUGGUCUGUCGUCUGGAUGAAAAGAAAGACAAAAAUGCAGCGGAUUGUCAAAGCAAGGCCAGCAAGCCGAGUGUAGACGACAAGAGGUCAAGUACGGGACUCGAUUCGUCCGAUGUGAUAGCCCGGCAGCUGGCCUUUACACAGAACCUGCAGUAUGUAACUUUGGCGCUGAUGGUGCUGCUCUUCGCUGGCUUCGGCUUCCUCAUGUACCAGCAGUUGGGUCACGCUCACCCCGGCGCUGGCACCUGGCCCAAAUCAACGGCGUACUCCUGCAAGAACAAAUAAUAUUUACUGUCACCAUGUAAUCUGACCAGGCAGGAGCCGAACGAUGUCAACAGUGACGACCACAUUAAUAAAAAGCGCGACCAAGACCGCGACUGCCAAGAGAUAGAUAGCUACUGCGCCUGUGCUUUGGAUUUAAUGGAUCUGGGACUGGACUGGACCGAUGCCGAUACCGAGGGCGACUGCCUGGAGGCCCUGAUCCAGGCACAGCUGCUGCUAUGCCGCAGAUGUUACGGUUACGGCUCCUCCAGCGACCGGCAGCUGGGUGGCGUUGCAGCUGGCGGCCAACUGCUUGGUCUCAUUGCCUUUGCCCGGAAGGUGAUGCGCGUCGUUCUCUCACUGUCGCUACUGUUUGGCAUCCUUUUCGUGAGCUUCUACCUGGGCAGCAACUACGACGGCAACAGCAUCACCACCACCACCGCCACCUCCCUAGCUACAGUCGACUCAGGAGCCAGAGGCCAUAGGCAGCCGUGUUAUUAACCUAAACCCAAGCCCGAUUUGUUAACCAGAUUUAAUUGUUUUACCUUGGAAACUGUACGCAUCUUAGAGAAAGUAUUUUAUUACAAAUCCAAGUAGAAAACUGAAAAUAUUAAUACCCUCUGUCGUUCUUACCUGCGGUGCAUCAUCUAAAAGGGUACAGAAAUGGCCCUAAAAUGGAGUUUCCUUCAGGUCCACCCCGAAAUAUAUAAAUAUAUACCUCUUUAGGUUUAAGGAUUUAGUUUCCUGGUUUCCCUAAUCGCCCCUCCCAUUCCUCCCUGCCUGGGCCAAUAAUUAUUAAUAAUAAACUGUGUGUAGGAUAUGUAUUUUGUAUAAUGUAAACCAAUAAUGUUCGAUCAAAGUUGAUUAGUUUGUAAAUAAAUCUCAAAUUAGUUUCA